UGAAAAUUUGAAUUCAGACAGCGCCUAGGGCUACGUGUCGUUACCAAAUUCAAAAUCCCACCUCUUAUCGUUUCCUUAUAUGUCUCUGUUUCAUAAACCUCUAAUUUCAAAUUCAAUCAAUGGCUUCUCGCUACAACUCCUACGAUUCAAGGUCCUCAACCACCUCUUCCCAUUUCUCCGACCCAUCUUCCUCCGUUGAAUUUACCUCCAAUCCAUCAUCAAGAACUACCUCCCGAGCACUUGUGAAAUCUAAACCAUCGGAUCUCUCUCAUGCCAAGAUCAAAACCAAUGACCAUAACUUAUCCACGAUGGUUAAGAAAUUUAUGGAGAAGAAAUCUGCGGGGAAAGGUUCUUCGAGUAAGGGAGUAGCUGGGCUGGUAAUUCCGUCAGAUUUUAUAGCCCAAGACUUGAAGAAGACGGCGAGGAAGGGGACAGGCUUUAUUGGGUUGCAGAAGAAACUAUUUGGGAAGGACAAAGAGGAGAAGAAGACGAUAAAAGCAUUGACAGAUGUGAAAGGUAGUGGUAAUAAUAGCAACACAAGAACAUUGGCUAUGGUGUUGAGGAGUGAGAGGGAGCUUCUGAGUGCUAAUAAGGAGCAGGAGCUGGAGAUUGCUGAGCUCAAGUUGACUCUUGAAGCUAAGAACAGAGAAGUUGAGAAGUUGAAGGAUUUGUGCUUGAAGCAAAGAGAAGAGAUGAAGUCAUUAAAAAAUGCAAUUCUUUUCCCAGAUGUAAUGAAUUCUCAGCUUCAAGAGCUAUUAGAGAAGCAAGGAUCAGAACUGAAACAAGCUAAACAACUCAUCCCAACCCUCCAAAGGCAGGUCACUUCUCUUACAGGCCAGCUACAGUGCCUAGCCGAAGAUCUUGCUGAGGUAAAAGCUGAUAAAUACACAAGGGGUUAUAUGCAACAUCAUGGUAGCUCACCAACACCAAGGACACCAGCUUAUGAUCAUGAAGAAGCAGCUAAUUCUUUAGAGUUCAGUUCUUGGGAUGCUGCAAGCCCUGGUAGUCCAGAUGACAUGUUUCUUAAGGAUGUGAAUCCGUGUUUAACACCUCAUUAUGCAAAGACAAAAUCUAAGGAAUUUGAGGCAAUCAACUAUGAUUCUCCAUUUCAUGACAACUUGUCUAAGAAAAAUAUGCAAAUGUAUGAAGAUGAUGAACAUGGUUUCAACUCCACCCUCAGGAAGAUGUCUAAAAGUUCAGAUUGCUAUAAGAACAAUACCACGGACAGCAGAAUGGCGAGAGCAGCUCGCAGAUCAAAUGAAAGUAAAUGCACAUAUGGGAAGCAAAUGCACCUAAGACCUUUCUGAUGCAUUUGCUGGCUCUGGUGAAGCUUAUAUCUUGUCUGCCAUUGGCAUACUGCUUUUGGUUACCUUUUUGCCUGUUAUGUAUGACAGUUAUGAAAACAAGAAACAGAAGUAGAACUGAAAGUUGUAGCUCCUAGUUGUACAAGGUGCGAAUCAAGCAAUUGAAUAAGGGAUAAAAAAGCUACAUGAAGAGUCACAAAAGUCACUAUGCACCUGUAUGCUAUUAAUCAAGUGCUACUUCAUUUAUGAGAGUUUGCCAAUCCAUUUGUUUCAUGGUUGCACAGUUUGUAGAGGUAUGGUUAUUGUUUCAGUCAUUUAGUUAUAAAGCUUUCCUAGUUACGCA